AUAUUUAUACCAACCCACCCCCACUCCCCCUACUUAUCCUUACCCUUCAAAAAAAGGAAAAAAAAAAAAAAAAGAGCAACACUUUGACGUACAAAAAGCUCUUUUUACACCAAAAAAGAUAAGCAAAGGCAUUUUGGGUUGGGCUUUGAGAGGACGUUAGUUUGGCAUGUAAAACACUUGCUACCUAAUCUUUUCAACCUUCAAAAUGAAUCCUCAAUUACCAAACACUCUACAACAACAAUGUUUUUACAACCCAAAUGAUCAUAUGUUCGCAAACCAUUCUGCCUUAGUGAAACCCGACCCGGGGAUGGAUGAGUAUUGGGCCGGGCUUCAUGCGGGUGCAUUUAGUGAUGAUCAAUUGGGUUAUGGCUACAUGAACCCGAACCCGGUUGCACAACCAGUAGAGACGGAUCAGGCAUUGUUUGUUCAGGGGAAUUCGAGUUCGGUUUCGGCUUCGGUGUCACCUAAGAAGAGAAAGGGUCAAAGCCUACAGGUUGUUUCUGAUAAAGAAAAGAAAAUAAAAGGAUGUUCUGAAGGAGAUUCUAGGAUCACACAUGAUCAAAAUAGCAACAGCAAAGAAGCUUCUAACAACACUUCAUCUAAGGACAAGUCUAAGGUUUCCGAGGUUCAAAAACCGGAUUAUAUUCAUGUUCGAGCGCGUCGCGGUCAAGCCACUGAUAGUCAUAGUCUAGCCGAAAGAGUAAGGAGGGAGAAAAUUAGUGAGAGAAUGAAGUACUUGCAGGAUUUGGUACCUGGCUGCAAUAAGAUCACAGGGAAAGCUGGAAUGCUUGAUGAAAUAAUUAACUAUGUUCAAUCCCUUCAAAAACAAGUAGAGUUCCUGUCCAUGAAGCUUGCAACUGUUAAUCCAGAGCUAGAUUUCAACAUCGAUAAUGUAUUCGCGAAAGAGAUAUUUCAAUGCUCAACAAGUGAAUUUCCAGCACUCGGGUGCUCUUCAACUAAUUCGGCGUAUUUUCAGUUGAAUUCAAUGGAUCAAGGGGGGAUUUCAUAUUGCGGAUUAGACAUGGGAAUUAACGCAGCGGAAAUGGGGUUAAGAAGAAGCAUUAGUGCUCCAAUUUCAAUCCCUGAUCAAACAUUUAUGGAUUCAUCUUGUUACAAUCAGCAAAUGCAGCCAAGUGGUGUUUGGGAUGGUGAUAUACAGAAUCUGUACAGAAUGGAAUUUGAGCUAGAAACAUUGAUACCAUUUCAAUCCCAUCAGUUCACAGGUUCAAAUGAAGGAAUCAAUAUGAAGACAGAGACAUGAUCAUUGGAAGGGAGAUUAUAUUAUGGAUUAAGUUGAAAUGUUACCGAUCCUUAUUCUUUACUCAUUUGCGCAAGUAUAUAUAUCGUAUAUGCAAGUACGGAUACUGGCUGGCAUUGUAGGAAUGAUAAUUAGAUUAUAGAAUGUAUAUUGAUAUUACAAACAAGAUUUCCACCUUAUGUUGCAGAAUAUAUGAUGAUAUAGAUAAGGUUUUUCCAUAUUUAA